GUGCCACAAAACCUUUACUCAAGCAAGCAGUCGUCGGGUACACCUGCGCACCCACACAGAGGAGAAGCCUUUUGAGUGCACUGUGUGCCACAAAAAGGUUGCAACAAGUUACUAUCUCCGGGUACAUCUGCGUACCCACACAGGGGAGAAGCCAUUUGAGUGCACUGUGUGCCACAAAAAGUUUGCAAGAAGUUCCGAUCUCCGGGUGCAUCUGCGUACCCACACAGGGGAGAAGCCAUUCGAGUGCACCGUGUGCCACAAAAAGUUUGCAGGAAGUUCCGAACUCCACAUGCAUCUGCGUUCUCACACAGGAGAGAAGCCAUUUGAGUGCACUGUGUGCCACAAAAAGUUUGCUCACAUUGGCAAUCUGCAGGUACACCUGCGCACCCACACAGGGGAGAAGCCGUUUGCGUGCACUGUGUGCCACAAAAUGUUUUCAACAAGUUACGAACUCCGGCUGCAUCUCCGUACCCACACAGGAGAGAAGCCCUUUAAGUGCACUGUGUGCCACAAAACGUUUUCUCAGUCUUGCAAUCAAAGGAGACAUCUGCGCACCCACACAGUCGAUAGAUUGGUGCAGAGAACCACGUGCUGAAAUCAUCUUUAAGGAGCAAUCGGCGGCGUCGUAUUGUUUCCUGAACAGAAGGUGAUCAUACUCUCUGAAGCGUGUGUCACGACGAUGUGUCCCUCUGUUGCAAUUGUGCGGCAACACCUGUAAACUUCUUUCCAUUUCAAAUGUUCGUAGUAUAAUUUCAUAAACUCAAUUAUAAUUGAGACAUGUUUUAAAUUAGAGUCCGUCUUCUUGUGUAGCCAAACGAUGAAAAGUAAUUUAAUAAUUUGUAGGAACUAUUAGUGGAAAUUGUAUUAACGCCCCUAAAAAGGCACACACGUGAGUUAUAUGUAAUAUGUAGGCCGACUUAUCACGUCGUAAUUGUGAUGCAAAUGUUACUCGUUUAGUUAACACGGGUGUUUUUGUUUCAAUGAACUGAUUUCGUUUAGGUCAAAUAAUAUUUUGUCAAAAUAAAAAUAAUUAUAUAAUUAGAUUAAAUGCAUAAAACGCA